GGAGAAUUAAAAACAUGGAGAGGCGCCCCCAAUGAAUACUAUUUCUUCAAUUUGAACAUUUCAACUUCCAAAACUGGUUGAUUCCUCUUCGGACUCGGUUUCCACUCGGAUUCCGAACUCAAUUCAGAUUCCCAAUCCAAAGCACUUUUCUCCUUUGUGCUGCUACCAUAAUAAUCAUUCAUUCCUUAAAAGUCAAGCAAGAAUAUAACCCAUCACCUUCCUCCACCCUUUUCUUUCUGCUACACGCGUUUUCUCCUUUUCUAUAGCCCUCACUACUCAGAAAUUGCGGGUGCCGUGUCUUGUAUUUUGGUAAUUUCAAGCUUCUGCACUUCUAGUCGAAGAAUUAUUCAUAUUAUACUGAUUUUGUGUUUACAGAGAUAUGACGACAAUCCACCUUCGUACCAGCAAAAAUAAAUACAUGGCUGAUUCCGAUGAAUAUGGAAUUGGAAAUUUUCAGUCUUUUGACAAUACGGGUGACGUCCCCAAUCCUUUUGGCGAGUUGGGUCUGGACCUAUCCCCGUCGGAGCUCAGGGAGACCGCCUACGAAGUCCUAAUCGGAGCCUGCCGGAGCUCUGGAGCAGGUAGACCCCUCACUUACAUAUCCAGUUCUGAAAGGACCACCGAGAGGUUGCAGUCGAUGACGUCGUCUUCUUCUCCGUCACUUCAGAGGUCUCUGACGUCAUCUGCUGCGAGCAAGGUUAAGAAGGCUCUAGGGCUUAAAUCCUCGUCGAAGAAGAAGAACGAGGAGGAUUCCGAGUCAGAGAGUCAGGGUCUCCGAAACUCAGUGAGAAAAAGAGCAGGGACUGUUGGUGAACUGAUGAGGGUCCAGAUGAGGGUUUCGGAGCAAGUCGAUUCCAGAGUCCGACGAGGCUUACUCAGAGUUGCCGCCGGGCAGCUUGGACGACGUAUUGAGUCUGUGGUUUUGCCAUUAGAGUUAUUGCAACAGUUUAGAUCCUCGGAUUUUCCUAGUCAGCGAGAAUAUGAAAAAUGGCAGAGGAGAAUCUUGAAAAUACUUGAAACUGGACUUCUUUUGCAUCCGCACAUGCCUCUUGCAAAGACAGAAAUGGCCCCUCAACAGCUUCGGAAGAUCAUACGUGGAGCUGCAGAUAAACCCAUAGAAACGGGGAAGCAUAGUGAACCAAUGCAAGUUCUCCGCAAUGUCGUAAUGCCUCUGGCUUGCAGAUCAUUUGAUGGUUCAGUGUCAGAAAUAUGCCACUGGGCAGAUGGAAUUCCUUUGAAUCUUCGCCUUUACCAAGUACUUCUGGAAUCCUGCUUUGAAGUAAACGAAGAAACAUCUGUUAUCGAGGAAGUUGAUGAAGUAUUAGAACUUAUAAAGAAGACAUGGGUAAUCCUUGGGAUAAACCAGAUAUUACAUAAUAUUUGUUUCUUUUGGGUCUUAUUUUGUCGAUACAUUACAACCAGCCAACUUGAAGAUGACCUCCUUUUUGCUUCUGUUAAUAUGCUGUUGGAAGUGGAAAAGGAUGCAAAAGCAACAAAGGAUCCAGCAUACUCAAAGAUAUUAAGUUCUACAUUGAGUUACAUAUUGGGUUGGGCAGAAAAAAGGCUUCUUUCGUACCAUGCUACCUUUUAUAGGGGCAACAUUGAUGUAAUGCAAAGUGUUUUAUCUCUUGGGGCAUCAGCAGCCAAAAUAUUGGCAGAAGAUGUCUCUCAUGAGUAUCGAAGGAAAAGAAAAGUUGAUGUAGCAUAUGGCCGGUUUGACACGUACAUCAGGUCAUCUGUGCAGAAUGCUUUUUCUCAGGAAAAAGAUAAGGUCAUCGCAAGCAGGCAGUCUACAAAAUAUCAGCAAAAUCCUCUUCAUGUCCUUUCCAUCCUUGCACAAAACACUUGUGACCUGGCCUUCAAUGAGAAGGAAAUAUAUAGUCCCGUGUUGAAACGAUGGCACCCUCUUGCAACAGGAGUAGCAGUUGUUACUCUUCAUACUUGCUAUGGAAAUGAGCUUAAGCAAUUUGUUACGGGUAUAAGUGAAUUAACUCCUGAGGCUAUACAAGUGUUGCUAUCUGCUGAAAAACUUGAAAAAGAUCUUGUAGAAAUGGCUGUUGCUGAUUCAGUUGACAGUGAAGAUGGUGGUAAGGCAAUAAUUCAGGAGAUGAUCCCUUAUGAAACUGAAGCUGUGAUUGCAAACCUGGUGAAGUCCUGGAUACAUACAAGAGUAGACAGGCUCAAACAGUGGGUCGAUCGAACUCUGCAACAAGAGGUUUGGGACGCUCAAUCAAAUAAAGGGCACUUUGCUCCCUCUGCCGUUGAAGUUCUACGUAUUAUAGAUGAGACUUUGGAAGCAUUCUUUUUGUUGCCAAUACCAAUGCAUCCAGUUUUGCUUCCUGAGUUGGUUAGCGGUCUGGACAAAUGCCUUCAUAGCUACAUCAUAAAGACAAAAUCUGGCUGUGGAUCUCGCAGUACCUUUGUUCCAAACUUCCCUGCUCUGACCCGAUGUUCUCCUGGUUCUAAAUUAUUUAAGAAGAAAGACAGUUCACGUAUGGGUUUAUGGAAGACAUCACAGGUAAGCACUACAGCUGGGGAUGGCUGCUUUAGUAUAACUCAACUCUUUGUUCGCAUUAAUACCUUGUAUAACAUCCGAAAAGAGUUGGAUGUUCUUGAAAAGAGGACAAUAUCAAAUCUGAGCAAUGCUGGAUUUGUUCACUACAAUAAUGUUGGGAAUGGCAAGUUCGAGGAUUCAGUAGCUGGCUGCAUCGAAGGGAUACAGCAACUCUCUGAGGCAACUGCAUAUAAGGUUGUAUUUCAUGAUCUGAGUCAUGUUCUUUGCGACUAUCUCUAUGUUGGAGAGAUUACGUCAUCCAGGAUUGAGCCAUUUCUUCAGGAGCUGGAGCAAUAUUUAGAAAAAGUGUCGAUAACGGUUCAUGACAGGGUUCGGACAAGGGUAAUAACUGAAAUUAUGAAAGCUUCUUUUGAAGGUUUUUUGUUGGUUUUGCUUGCUGGAGGACCUUCUCGUGCUUUUACUCUGCAAGAUGGUGCAUUGAUAGAGGAAGAUUUUAAGUUUCUUAUGGAUCUGUUCUGGUCCAAUGGAGAUGGUUUGCCAGCUGAUUUGAUAGAUAAGUUCUGUGUUACUGUAAGAGGCAUUCUUCCACUUUUUCAUACACAUACCGAGAACAUUAUCGAGCAAUUCAAAACCGUAAUUCUGAACAAAGAUGAAGCUUCAGCCAAAUCUAGGCUUCCAUUGCCUUCCAUGUCAGGUCGAUGGAGUCCAACUGACCCGUACACAAUUCUGCGUGUUUUGUGUAAUCGGAAUGAUAAGAUGGCAACAAAGUUUUUGAGGAAGGCCUAUAAUUUACCAAAGAAGCUAUAGCAAAAAUGAUGCUGUUGGGAUCUUUUUCUCCUAAACCCUUGUUCGGAAGAGUGGAAUGCAUGGCCGGAGCUCAACUUUUGCCAUUACCACUGCAAAGAAAGCUCUAUAUUCAUCUGUUCAUUUAUUUUUUGACUUCGGCUCAUGAAAUUGGAAAGGCCUAACUUGUGUCUGUAGCUCAGUGUAGUUUUGUAGUUUGCAGUAGUAUUUGUUAUUUACAUUAAUAAAUUCUGAUAUCAUUUUGGUUUUAAUAUAUUUCAUUCUCUCUCACAAUAUGGAUAA